CAAUUCACGUAGUCUCAGAAAUGCGAUAUCAAGCAGAAUCUUAUUUUACAUGCAAAAUAGCGUUGUCAAUGAUGAUAGCGCAACAGUGAUUAUCAUUACGCGUGUAUAUUAUUGAUAGUAGAGUUAUUCGCGAUUUUCUUAAGGUCGCGUAAUUGAGUUUUCCGCGGGAAAAUAAUGUCCGGAUACCGAAGAGUGAAUUACUACGAACUGUGCAGAUUGUGUACCAGCAGCGAGGGUAAUAAAAUGAACAUUUUUCGAGAAGAAGGUCGUAGACGGCAACUUCAAACAAAGAUUCAAACGUGUUUACCUAUACAGGUUUUGGAAGAGGAUUCGUUACCAAAAAUCGUUUGCCAUGAAUGUAUAAAGAAAUUGGAAAAUUUUAUUGAAUUUAGAGAAACUGUUGUAAGUGCAGAGGGUAUGCUAGAAUCAUAUUUCACGUCUUUACGAUUCUCGGAAGAUUUUUUAAAAGAGGGUAAGGUUUAUGUAAAAAGCACAGAAAAGGAUAGACCCACGACACCUGAAACUGAAGCAUUAAAGUCGAUAGAAAAAGCAUCGCCUUCUACCGGAAAUCAAAUAAUUACCAACGAACAACAUGUACAGCAUCAACAGCCUGUUGUUGUUAGUAACAUAAAUGCUUCUAAUAUACAAAUUAUUAGCGGAGUUCAAGCAAGAGUCCAACAAUACAAAUGUGCCAUGCAGGUGCAACCGGGUGGUAUGGCAGCUGCUGUUGUGGAAGCGACAGCUGAAACACACUAUAGUUAUCAGCAACAAACUUCGCAGCAAUUAUCGCCUCAAUCAAAUGAAGCACAAAAUCAAAUUAACGAACAACAGAGCCCGACAUCCCAAAUUCAGCAACAAGUGCAAAAUCAAAUACAGAAUCACGGUCAAAUAAAUCAACAAAUACAGUCGCAAAGACAAAUCUCACAACAGAUGAACCAGACGGCUCAGAUUUCUCAGCAGCAAAAUCAAACUCAAGUUGGUCAACAACAACAACAACAGCAGCAGCAGCAGCAACAACAACAACAAAAUCAGUCGCAAAUAACACAACAGAUUGAACAGUUACAAAGACAGCAAAGAGAGUUUGAGAAACAGCAUAGACAGCUUCAACAAAUUGAAAAGCAACAAGUUCAAAUCACUACACAACAGGAAUUUCCUAUUAAACAGGAAGAAAUCAUCUUGAAAACAGAACCUGACUCUAUGCAAAAUCAGCAAAUUGUUCAAAAGGUACAACCAGAGGUACAAAAAGAUGAAACUGCGCUGCAAAAUGUACCAAAUUUCACCGCCGUGCACGCUGCGCCAGAAGUAUUCUUAAAUUUGGGAUUCAAAGAUGCUCCAUUGGUUACGCAAACUAUACGGGAAGACACAAAAGAAUUCAAAGAUUAUGGGAAAACAGACGAUGCGAUCUCUCGUAAUUCCAUCGGACAGAUCUCAGAGUUUCUGAAAAUCAAAUCGACGCCCGAACCAACAUCUUUAAUAACCGUGAAUCCUCAAGUAAUUUCGCAAACCAGAGAUACUACUUGCAAAGAUUGUGGUAAAACUUUCUCCUCCUUAACUCUUCUGAACAGUCAUAACUGCUCCAAUGCAUCGUUCAAUUCAAGGUCUAGUUUACUUCAAACUCUUUUAACCGACACCUCUGACGGUGGAAACAAAGAAGAUCCUUUACAAAUUAAUAAUAAUUCUUUUAGUUGUGAUGUGUGUGGUAAGCCGUUCAAACGAAGAGAGCACCUAUACCAGCAUCGAAAGUUACAUACCGGUGAACGUCCAUUUGUGUGUACCACGUGUUCGAAAGCAUUCAGCCGCAAAGAGCAUUUGGUUAGGCAUUUGGUAUCUCAUACAGGUGAAAAGAUGCACGAGUGUGAAGUGUGCGGUAAGAGCUUCUCCCGGAAAGACAAUCUCCAUAAGCAUCGUAAAACGCACGGUGUGUCUGGCCCAUACAUUUGUGAAACGUGUGGAAAAUCAUUUGUGGUAAAACAUUAUUAUUUAAUGCAUUUGACGACGCACGCGUCAACUACCGGGGAUGGUGUAAAUUGCCAAGAUCCUUUACCGUACAAAUGCGAUCUUUGUCAUAAGGCUUUCUCUGUUAAACAAUAUCUUACCACUCAUAAACUUAGGCAUAGAUCAAAGAAUAGUAAUAAUUCUGGGCAAAAUACUGUAAAUGGUCAUCAGUCGCAACAAUCUAAUACGUCGAAUGAUACGAGCAUAGUAGGAAAUAAUGUUGCUAAUUCUGGAAACCUAGGUAAUAAUAACGGACAGUCUGAUAAUGGAUCGACGGUCGAGAUGCAAACUGUUAUUGACAAAGCCGAAGAACCAAAUGGUUCGUUCAAUAACCAGUACCAUAGUAAUAUACAAGAGUUUCAAUGAGAUAAGGGGAAGCGUGUCUAUUAUGUUCUCUUGCCGAACGGUAACAAUCACAAGAUUGUUGUUGUGUAGGCAAGAGAAACUUUUACGACGCGCCAGAAUAUUUUUUUAAGUAAACUUGCCAUUAUUCGAGAACAAAAGUUUUUUCUACUUUAAUACAGUCCAAAAAUGAAUUUAAACAUUAUUAUUUUUACCGUUCGUUAUUUUCUUGGUCAAAAAGUAAUUAACAGUGGCUUAAAAGCUUAAUUGUGAGGUAUAUUGUGUAUAUAUUUUGCCAGUAAAGUAUUACAUGUAUGAAAUGCAUGCUAUGGUUUAUAUACGAAUGCACACUUAUUUAACAUUGAAAAGAAAAUAUGUGCUGCAAAAUUUAAACGUACAUAGGUAGUCAUGAGGUUGUUCCAAUACCUGAUUAGAUUUAUAUGUCAAGCUACAUCAGCUUCGAACAUAAAAACGUCAAAUCGGUAUAAUCAGAAUACUAUAUACAAAACAUUUAUAUGUUCUUUUAGUUGCUUUUACUAUUAGAAUUAGAUUAAUAUGCUAAGCAGAGAUUAUGUUUCUUACAAAUUUCGUCUGAUAUAAAAGAUAUUUAUUAUAUAUUUUCAUUGAUAAUUAUUGAAACAGGGGAAUAACCAUUCCAGGAAAAUAAUUAAUGAUAUAAUCUUGAAUUAGAACUUGAGUUAUAAACGAUAAAAUUUGGUGCGAGCAAAAUUAAUUUUAUGUUAGUUUUGUGCAAUAUUUCUAUACGUUAGAUAUGUAAUUGGUUAUCGAGAUUAACGAAGUACUUUUCACGUACGAAGUACAUUUUUUAACCAGUGAUUGUAACAAUCUAUGACCAUUUUACAAAGUAUUUAAGAAUUACAUGGUUUGUAUGUAAACUUAAAAUACAAAACAAAAUCUAAGACCAAAGAAAUUUAUAUUAUGUAUAAAUUGGGUGAAUAAUAUUGAAGUAGAGAUAUAAAUAUUAAGGUACGAUCAGGCAGGGCCUAGCCUGAUUAACUCCAUUAUAAUUAAAACAUUGGUUAAGCGUGUAUACAACAUAUAUUACAUAGUACUUUAUGAUAUGUACAAUGAGUCGUUUUCUGACAUAUGAGAGUGUGCCAUACAGUGAACUUUGGGGAAUAAGUGUAUGUGAAAUUACUAUAAUUAUCUAAAAUUUCCUUACAUUUAUAGCAUAUAUUGACCAAACUGAAGAAAAGUUGAAAGAAUUUCUAUUUGUUGGGCCACGUUUAAUUUAAUUACAUCUGUAUGUAAUUAGAAUAUAUUACUAAUUUAAUUAUUCUUUUUUUUUUUUUUCAUUCAACUUUUUCAUAUAACAAGACUAAGAACAGGGGACAACUAUAUAACUACAACCAACUAAAAGUUCCCGGUGUAUCGUAUUAAAACAUUGUCUAUCUACUUAUUAAAUUUUGUACUUGUGCACACUAGAUCUAGAUAUAAAAAAUUCAUAAUGUACUCGAAAAAUCACUAUUGUUUGUUAAGGUAUUUAGUUUGUGUACACCAUUUUCACAAUGUUCAGUGCUACGUGAUAAAUAUUGAUGACAGGUAUAGGUCGCACAAUUUAUAUGUUGUACGUUACAGUAUGCAAUAAUAUUAAUUGUUUGCUGAAAUAAAUACAAAACUUUCAUUCGAGUGUGAAUGUAAAUUUGUUAUUGGAUAUACAAUAACGAAGUUUUGUUCUCACAGAGUAAACGUCUUAAGGUAUAAGAAAAGUUUCCAUAGUACAAAAAAUUUAUUUUAAUUACUGGUCAGACUUUAUUUUAUCAUAAAGUCUUGUACAUAUACUGAAACAGAAGUAAUGAAUUUAAGACUGUGUUUCUAUAUCACCUAGCGCUAGGUGUACGUUGGAGGUACAUAGAUUUAUAGUAAUAACAUUGUACAUAACAUGGUCCAGUGAGUAAGACAAAAAACUGUUAGUGCGCUGUUCCUAAGGAAAUGGUAUUUUCUGCGAAGCAUGGGAAUGCCUAUACUCAUAUUGAAGUCUUGUAAAGUAGAUAUUAAAUCCAAAGAUACAGUGCUUUUAUUACUUACAUACUUUGUGCCUAAUUGUAAAAAUCAUGGAAGACACAUAUUUUAAACAUUUAUGUAUAGAAUCAUACAAGUAUCUUACUUUUCAGUAGCCACUUGAUACGUGUAACUCGCAGCAAAAUGACAUUAAGUAAUUGCUCAGACACAAUUAUUUUCGUAAUUUCUACUUUUAAGUUUCUUCCCUUACAUUGUAUAUAUUU